ACAAAACUAGAAGCUUUCGUCUUAGAUCAGAUCCUCUUGGAGUUGGACUCUGGCUUCCCCUUGAUCUGUUAAAGGAAAUAAUCUUGGUCUGCCUGAGAUACAGGGCUCGGCCAGCGUCAUCAAAUGAAUCCGCGAAGUUCUGGUCCUCUGACCCUGAUCCUUUACUAGACUUGUGUGUGGCAAACUUGACUGCCUCCGCAUCAUCUAGCAACUUCCCCUGCAAACUCCCCUCGGAGGUUACUGCAGAUGACUUUGUCUUCGACGGGCUGAGCAAGCAAGGUAACGUCACGAACCUCUUUGGGGUGGCCGUGACAACCGGGAAUGUCCUUUCGUUCCCGGGGCUCAACACUCUCGGGUUAUCCAUGAACAGAGUUGACUUUGGGCCGGGUGGGAUUAACCCGCCUCACUCGCACCCUCGUGCGAGUGAGAUUGGGAUUGUCAUUGAAGGGAAGAUCCUUUCAGGGAUUGUAACAACUAAGAAUGUUUACUACGGUAAGGUCGUGACUGCGGGGCAAGUGUUUGCGGUUCCAAGGGGACUUGUUCACUUUGAGCUAAAUCUUGGGCAAACAAAGGCCUUUUUCUUCACAGCUUUCAACAGCCACUUGCCUGGCUCCACUGUUCUUCCUCUAAGUCUAUUUGCUGCGGCCCCUUCAAUCCCAAUGGAAGUGCUGACCAAGACCUAUCUAGUGGAUGAAGAUGCCAUCAACGCCAUGAAAUCCAAGUUCGUCUUUUAAAAUAAUGAGUGGAAUUCUCGAUUUGUUUUGCUUUGUUUGAAGGUUUGGAUUGUAUGUAUGUAGUAAUGUUAAUGUUGUCUGGGUAGACGAAGUUUGAAAAAUAAAGCUGGGGCCGUACGUCCUUGUAUCGUAUGUGCAUACUCUUUAUUGCUAUUUCUCUUUGGCAACGUUCCUUUUGCAUCUGUUUCAUAAUGUUAUGUAUUGUAUGGCAGCUUGUUAGACAUCCAUACAACUGCAACAGGGGACUCAAAUGGAUUAUUAACAAAGAAUUAUGCCUUUCGAUC